ACGACAUUUCGGAAAAAGAACGCCGCGUUUGUGAAUCGGAGUUUUCUAGGCUUGUGUUUUUUCGUGAAUUCCCGGGAAAAUCCGCGAUUCCAGUGGUGGCUCCGGGUGCGCUAGUUUGUAACCACCUCCGACGGGAUGACGACCGACGGCGAAGGCAGAGUAAAAAGUGAACGAAGCCGCAGCCAGGAUGAGGACGACGCGUUCUCCAACCAGAACAGCUGCAGCGGAACUCCGGUGAAGGAAUCGGGACGGUCCCGGGCCAAGGUGAAACCGGUCUUCGAGAGGGACCGGACCCGCUUUUGGCAGGAUUUAUAUGCGUUCCACGAGAGGAAUGGGACUCCAUUUGUGCGUCCGCCGAAAAUCGGCGGUCGGGAUGUCGAUCUGCACCGUCUGUACAUGGUUGUGAUUGCCCGAGGCGGUUGGUUGAAGGUGAAUUCCCGGGAAGAUUGGGACGAGGUGAUCGAGGAACUGAAACUGCCGAAGCGAUGCGUCAACAAUGAAAUUGCGUUGAAGCAGAUCUACAUUCGGUACCUGGACAAGUACGAAAGGAUAACCUUCCACGGGGAGGAGAAAGAUCCGGCCGAGGAGGAGGAUGAAGAGAAGAGGCACAACCGGAGGUGGACGGCCAGGAUGCUGCAUUCGGUUCCCUCGGUGUACAAUCACGCCCAGCACAAUGUUCCGGAAGCGCUGCGGGGUUCCCUGAACUUGUCCUGUGAUCUGUAUCAGCCAACGGAGUACGAUAAGCUGAUCUUGUCGCUGUUGUCUCCGUUGCCUAAUGAGCAGGAUUUUGCUAUAAACGUUUGCACGUUGAUGUCAAACGAAAGCAAGCACACCUUGAAGGUCGACAAAUGUCCGAAACUAAUCGAUGUCCUGUUGGCCCAUGGAGGAGUCUUCAACCACUACUCGCUAAGGGAUAUGUUCGACGAGUAUUAUGGGAACAUUAGGAAGAACUCGUUGCAUCGCUUCUGGAAGGAUUGUUUGUAUGAGAAGCCACAGGUCUUGGAGCUGUCUUACCAGGACUAUUUCCUAAAGCUUGAAAGGGAUCCAACAGAAUUGAUCAAAAGCAUUUAUAGCCCAGAUCUGAACAAGAGCAUUGACGACGAUGAAGAGUGUGGAAAGCUUAACAUGGCGACCUUGAGGACGUUUCUCAGUCUGGGUCCCGGUUUGGGAACCAACGACUAUAUCGGGCAGAGAAUCUAUCAAAUUGCUUCCAUUUUCCGGAAUCUCAGUUUCAAUGAGGAAAACAUGGCUGCGUUAGCUUCCAACAGGCAGUUCCUCCGAUUCCUGGUGAUGUGCGCCAACAGUCGGUGGGGAAACCUGUGCCACAUGGGUUUGGACAUGCUCGGAAACGUGGCGACCGAAAUCGAUAUCAACGACCCUCAAAUGGAUGAAGUGACCCGAUGCUUGGUGUCGACGAUUUCCGAAGGUCUGGAAGGCGCAGAUCGAGGUGUCAUAAUCGGAUGCUUGGAAAUUCUCAGCAAGAUUGCCCAGAAGGAAAGCAACGAGGAUAAUCUGAAUCGAUGCUUGGAUCAGAAGGUUUACGAUCAGAUUUGUAUGUUUCUGUCGUUGAAUGAUAUCAUGUUGCUUAUCUACACACUUGAAUGCAUUUAUGCGCUGACUUCGGUAGGCGAAAAGCCGUGCAAUGCUCUGAUGCACGUCACAGGAAUAAUAGACACUCUGGUGUCGUUGGUAUCUGUUGAAGCCCAGAGCUAUGGUCCGGAUGCCUGUAUUCUAAUGCGAGUCGUUGAAACCAUUCCGGGGAAUAUGGUUGGCGUCCUGCCAGGUAAUCACUAUCAGAAUGCAGCCCCAGUAAGCCAUCCUCAAGCGCCAACCAUGGCCCAACUAACGGUCCAUAACAAGGAACAACCAGUACUUCCGCCACCAACCAUCCCUGCCCUUCCGGAAGUCACUAAGAGCCCGACCCCUUCUAAACCUGCAUCGCGUGCGCCAUCACCGGCACCUCAACCAAACUCUUCCUCAAACAUGCCUGCUCCGGCCACUCCUGCAACUCAACCCACCCCAAUCCAGGUCACCAGCGUAACUCGACCCCCAAGUUCCCAAUCGCCCCAAAUACCGGUCAACAUAAUCAGCCGUAAUGACGCGAGCACCCCUCUCAAACAAGCAACCCAAACCACUCAACCGUCGACCCAAAACUCCACCUCAUCGCCAUCUGCAGGCCCCGCCAUCUCGGUCGCCGCCAAACAUGCCCAGCAGCAGCAAUCCCAGGAGAACGAACAGUUUGCCUACGCAUGGCUUAAAGCCACCUUCGAAACCACCCCAUCCCUCACCAGCAAGAUCGAACAGGCCGAAGUCUAUAAACUGUACCUGGCGGCCAAUUCAAAGAUCGGACGCAAAGCCGUAGUUCCACAGGUGCAUUUUCCGCGCUGUAUGAGAACCGUUUUUGGGGGAACCGUUGGGCCCACCCUCAUCAAAACGACCGACAAGAAUGGGGUGGAAAGCAGUUGCUACUUCUACGAGGGUGUGAAACUGCGGCCCAAACCGCCACCGACGUCAAGUGGAACAACUUCCGGACAGAAGACGCUGUCGAUGAUGCCACAAUCCGACAAAACACUUGUGCAACCCAAACUAGCCGGCGGAUCACCAAUAUCAGGCAAGGGCGCCGCUGCGGGAAAACCCGUCUAUAUGACGCAGCUGGCCAACAAGAGUGUGGUAAUGACUCCCGAGAAUGACUCCGGAACAUCCAGCGAUUCGAAAGGCAACGUCAUUGUGGUCAACCAAACAACCAUUUCGCCACAGCCGCUCGGUUCGAUGGGUCAAGGCCCGCAACAGCCCCAACAGGCCACCGGGACGACCACCAUCAUGAACCAGUCCGGUACGAUUUCGUCCACGACGACCAAUCCGUCGGCCCUGAUCAAGAGCUUGCUGGCCAACAAGGUAACAACGGUGACUAGUAACGAAUCGGCCGCUACCAGUUCCGCCGGUGGUAUCGUCGUUUCGGCCACCUCCUCUACUGCUACCAGUAGUUUGUCGUCUACUAGCACGAGCAACACUAGUAUCAAUCCUUCUACUCCUGCCACUAGCCAAUGUUUGAUUGCAUCGAAUGUUAACGUGCAUCAGGUUGCUCAACGUCAGCAAAUGUUAAAACAGAAGCAGAUGAAAUCACCUUCGCCUGUAGCAAGUCCUCCUCCCAACAGCUCAGUCGUGGUCACAUCCAAUAAUCCAAAUAAUUUGACAAACAUUAAAGUAGGUAACUCAACAAUAUCUAUAAAGCCCGGCACACUUCCGACGAACACGGUAAUAACGGCAACUAAUCCUCACGAGAUGAAUCCACCUCCGCUGGCACCUCUGAGUCAGAAUCCAAACGCAAUUAUUAAACCUUUGGCUGGAAAUAAGAUGUUGGCAGAUUUGCUGGAUAAGAAAACAAAUGAUCCUCCGGUGUUCGCCAUAGGAGAGACUACCGUAAAGCGUAAAAGUGAUGUCGACGCAGCAGAACCUCCAGCUAAGAAGUUAGAUUUGAUGGAGACAGAGGAGGUCAAAGUGACUCCUAAAGCUGCUGAUUUGUAUGCCGAGUUGGCAGGAUCGAUUUUGGAGGAUGAAGACAUGGAAGAUAUCGAAAUGAAGCCAAAAGAAGAGACAAAUAUAAAGGUGCAAUCGGCUCCAGCUCAACAAGUCAUCACCAUGCCACUUCAGCGGCAAAUCAUAAUGGCUCCUAACAAUCCCCAAUCGAUGAUGCUCUCACCCGGUAGUUCCGGUCAACAUUUGACUUCUCAAACUACUGCCACUAUCAAAACGGAUAGCGGCUAUCAGCAGGUUCCAAUUCUUUUACAGCACAACCAAAAUCAAAUUCAAAUUCAGAAAACGGCACCAGUAAUGACUCCAACGGUCAUUUCAAAUCCCCAGCAAACCACACAGUACAUUUUGGCCACUAAUCAACAGGGACAGACUUACGUUGUUGCCCAGCAGCCUCAACCACAACCACAAAUGCAACAAACCGUCCUGUUGACUCAAAAUCCCCAAACGGGAGCCCAACAGAAAACCAUCAUUAUACUGCAGCAGCAACCGACGCAGGGCACUUCGCCCCAAAUACAGACCCAACAAAUUGCACAGCCUCAAUCGCACCCUCCACAGAAGGUGUUCGUCAAUCAGCAGGGUCAGCAAAUCAUCAUGACGCAGGUUCCUCGACAAGUGCAACAUCAGGGAAAUACAAUCAGCAUCGACGGUUCUUCGCAACAAAUAAUCAAAAGCAGUCAACAACCCACGCAGAUCAUUCAACAACAAUCACAUCCCCAGAUACAGCAGAUCAUCCAGCAAAGCGGCGCCCAGACAUUCCAAAUCAUCCAACAACCGGCUCAGCAGACCACACCCCAACAAACUCAGCAGAUUUUGAUUCAAUCCCAAUCUCCCCAACCCCAACAGCCGCAAAUAGUUAUACAACAGCAGCCAACCCAGCAAAUGCAACCGCAAAUCAUUUCCCAGCAAAUUAUUCAACCAGCAACGCAACAACAACAACAACCGCAGGUAGUUCAGAAAAUAAUUCAACAAAAACUCGUCCAUGCACCCUCUCAGCAACAGCAGCAGCAACAACAGCAGCCGCAAAUAAUAACGGUUCAAAAGCAACCUGUCUCUCAUAGCCCUGGAGCCGUAACAGUUACUAAACAAAUAGCAACUACAUCGUCUCCACAGGUCGGACAACUUCCUACCAAAACCAUCAUCGUUCAACAGCAACCUUCGACGUCCGGCGGCACACCACAAAAGCAGAUCAUUCAAGUUCUUCAGCAAAAAAUAUCAUCUCCGUCACCGCAAUCGCCGGCUCUACAGAAAACGCAAAUAAUCCAUGGGUCAGGAACCCUUCCGGUAAAAGUAACCGUUGCACAGCCUCAAUCUUCUGUUGGGUCCUCCAGCACUUCUACCAGUAUCACUACAACAACCACGACGUCAGAUUCAACCAAGGUAGCUCCGAAGGCUGCUCCGGCAUCUAUAGAACCUUCACCUACAACAUCUGCUCCGGUAGUGGUCACCCAGGCUAAACCUGCAGCUUCGUCCUCCACCACUCCAAUGGUCACUUCUUCAACGCCUACGACAGUCACAGCUGUUCAAUCUCCAGCUACUACACCCUCCGUAGUCGCUUCCAACAGCACCAUCCAAAUGAUUCCGGCAAUGGAUCCAGCCAAAGCCAUCGACGAGGACGUGGAUCCGAACUGGCCGUGGGUGUGCGACUGGCGUGGCUGUCCCCGGAAGAAGUUUGCAUCGGCCAACGAAGUGUACAUCCACGCCUGUGCCGUUCACUGCCCGGAUACGGUUGAUUCGUCGGCCGAUAUCUAUUGCCAGUGGGGCCCCGGACCGAACCUGUGCGACAAUCUGCCCCGUAAGCGGUUCUCUUUGAUGACGCACAUUUUCGAUCGGCACUGCACUAGCGAUGCUUUCAAGCAAGCGGUUCAGCGACGCCUGUCCAAUAGCUCCACAUCCACCACCCAGCAGGCCUAUCCUGUGACCUUGGUUCGACAACCGAGCAGCAGUGCACCGGGAUCGUCUGCCUCGUCAACGACCUCGGAAUCAUCCGUCUCUAGCUCGCCAGCACCGCCCACGGCUCCGCAGCCACAAGGUCCCGGGAUUCUGUCUUCUGCAGGACCCGCCGCAUUGCACGCCAUCAAAAGACAUGCCAUCGAUUGGAUCAACGCUAAAGAAUUUCAGGAUGACAUUGAAGGUCCGGUUACGAAAAGUAUUCGGCUAACGUCGGCAUUGAUUCUGCGAAAUCUGGUCGUUUACAAUAAUUCUGCCAGGAGAGCUUUACGGGCAUACGAGCCUCACCUGGCGAGCGUUGCAAUGAACAAUGUUGAAUCUAGCCGCACUAUCUCACAGGUAUUAUUUGAAAUGAACGACGCGCAACCGAACUAUUAAUAUAGGUUGACGUAGAUUGAAUCGUGACUUUUGAUAAUCUACCCUAAAAGUUUAAUCUGUUUUAAUAUAAGAUUCGCAUAUAUUUUCCAAUAAAGCAUCUUGAAGGUAACUUA